UUCCAACACCACUUGAAACUGUCGGUCGGUUUCUGUGUCAAUCCCUUUCACUUCAGCUUCGACUGCAAAACAAACAGAAACCCGAAAGUAACAGUUUUUUGUUGCCAUUAAAUGGGAAACUCUCACGGCCAUCGCAAAUUCCAUAACGGCGCGAGGCCCAGCGGCAGUUUCCCCGAUAUAACGGCAACUGCUCCGCCUCCAUACUUUAAUUAUGGACCUGCGCCAGAUCACACUCCUCAAAUUCCGACCUCAGUGCUGCCUCCUGCACAGAACCAGAUUCCGCCGCCUAACAUGGCAACAACCUCUUUGCCUUAUGUUCACGUCGACUCCACCUUGCGAGCCCUUGCCGGCCAAGCUGAGGGGUUUGGCCGCCAUGCCAUUGGAGGUCUCCACGGUCACCUCUAUCAAGUCACCACCUUAGCAGAUGACGGGCCAGGAUCACUUAGGGAUGGAUGCAGAAGAAAUGAACCACUUUGGAUUGUCUUUGAAGUGUCAGGCACCAUUCAUCUUCAUUCUUACUUGAGUGUGUCAUCUUAUAAGACUAUUGAUGGCCGGGGUCAAAGAAUAAAAUUCACUGGGAAAGGUUUGAGGUUGAAGGAAUGUGAGCAUGUUAUUAUAUGCAAUCUAGAGUUUGAAGGUGGAAGGGGACCUGAUAUUGAUGCCAUUCAGAUAAAACCCAAGUCCAAGCACAUAUGGAUAGAUCGUUGCAGCCUUCGAGAUUAUGACGAUGGGCUGAUAGAUAUCACACGAGAAAGCACUGAUAUUACUGUUUCUAGGUGCCAUUUUGCACAGCAUGAUAAGACAAUGCUCAUUGGUGCAGAUCCAUCUCACAUUAGUGACAGAUGUAUUCGUGUUACUAUUCACCAUUGUUUUUUUGAUGGGACUCGACAGCGGCAUCCUCGUGUUAGAUUUGGUAAAGUACAUUUAUACAAUAAUUACACUAGAAACUGGGGCAUUUAUGCUGUCUGUGCCAGUGUAGAGUCUCAGAUAUAUUCCCAAUGCAACAUUUAUGAAGCAGGACAGAAGAAGGUAGCAUUUAAGUAUCUCACCGAGAAGGCAGCUGACAAGGAAGAAGCAGGGACCGGCUACAUAAGGUCGGAAGGAGACCUAUUUGUUACUGGAACUCAGGCAGGUUUAAUGUUGCAAACUGCUGAAUCCUGUAUGUUUCAUCCCAGUCAGUACUACCCUAACUGGACGGUGGAAGCUCCAACCGAUGCUCUUAAACAGGUUCUCCAGCAUUGUACUGGAUGGCAGCAUGUUCCUAGACCAGUUGAUCAGAAUCAGAUAUUGCCUGCACAAUGUUAGUGAAAAUGUAUUUAUAUGGAAAAUACUCGUCUAGUCCAUCGGGUACCAUUAUACCAUCUAAGAUGAUAGAUUAUGUGUAAAUCCCACCUUAUAUGAGAUGGUAUAUAUAUGGUGAGCUAAAGUCUAUAUAAGAAUUGCUGUAUUGAUUUAUUUAUUUUUAUUUUUAUUUUUAUUUUUUUUUUUUUGAGAAUCUGUAUUAAUACUUGGUUAUUCCUUUCUUUACUUAUAUGCUCUUUGCUCUUCUUUUUUCCUACAUGGUAAAUAUGUAAGGUGUAAGAUGUAAUAUUACAUCUCAAGCAAAAAGGACCCAUUUGGAUAUCUUAGUCACAUCAUAUGAUAUGGUCGCUUGGUA